CCCCAUCCCUUCCUAUUAUCCUUAUUCUUUUCACUAUUCUUCAUUGUCAAGCCGCCAAAGUGGAGAGUGUGAUUGCAGAAGGGGGUGCUUCUCGUUUCAGCGAGUUCCUGGGGAAAACCCCAGGGCAAAGCGUUCAGAGAUGGGUUCCUUCACGAAGCACUAGACGAGAUGCCAACUCCAGCAACGAAAAAGAGCGGCAUGAUGCGAUCUUCAGGAAAGUGAGAGGCAUACUCAACAAACUCACCCCUGAUAAGUUUGACAAGCUAUGCCUUGAGCUCCUGAACGUGGGCGUAGACUCCAAACUCGUCCUUAAAGGUAUCAUCUUGCUGAUUGUGGAUAAAGCCCUAGAAGAGCCCAAGUAUAGCUCGCUCUAUGCUCAGCUAUGUCUGCGCUUGGCAGAGGAUGCACCAAACUUUGAUGGCCCUUCAACUGAGAUCCAAACCUCCCAAAAGCAGAGCACAACCUUCAGAAGACUGCUGAUUUCCAAGCUUCAAGAUGAAUUUGAAAAUCGCGCCAGAAAUGUUGAAAUCUAUGAUAAACAUGACAACCCUCUUACUUCUGAGGAGGAGGAGCAGAGAGCCAUUGCCAAGAUCAAGAUGCUUGGCAACAUUAAAUUCAUCGGGGAACUUGGCAAACUCGACCUCAUCCACGAAUCUAUCCUUCAUAAGUGCAUCAAAACACUUCUGGAAAAGAAGAAAAGAGUCCAACUUAAGGAUAUGGGUGAGGAUCUGGAGUGUCUCUGUCAGAUAAUGAGGACUGUCGGGCCUAGACUCGACCAUGAGAAAGCAAAGUCUUUAAUGGAUCAGUACUUUGGCCGUAUGCGAUCCUUAAUGAACAACAAGGAUCUGCCAGCGAGGAUCCGCUUCCUGCUGCAAGACACAGUGGAGCUGCGAGAGAACAACUGGAUCCCCCGCAAGGCUUUCCUUGACAAUGGACCAAAGACGAUCAACCAGAUCCGACAGGACGCAGUGAAGGAUUUGGGCGUUUUCAUCCCAGCACCUAUGUCGCAGGGCAUGAGGAUGGACUUCUUCCUGGAAAGCCCCUUCAUGCCCAACAGAAUGAAGCUCGACAGGGAGACGCUAGGCGGAUUGGCCGACAUGUUUGGACAAAUGCCGGGCAGUGGGAUUGGGACAGGACCAGGAGUCAUUCAGGACAGAUACUCGCCCACGAUGGGACGUCAUCGCACCAACCCGCUCUUUAACGGUCACAGCGGCCACAUCGCUCCUCAGCCGCAGUCACAGUUCGAAAUCGGGCCAAAGUCCUCUUUUGUGAAGUCUAGCCAGGUCCAGAAUCAGCAUUUCCUCAGCCAGAGUCAGAACCACGCGGCCCAGCAGCAGGCCCAGUCAAAGGACUUGCCCCCUCGCUUCAGCAAGAAAGGACAGCUUAAUGCAGAUGAGAUUAGUCUGCGACCGGCUCAGUCAUUCCUCCUCAACAAGAGUCAGGUUCCCAAACUCACGCCGCAGAUCCCCUCAAUGAUGCCCCCUAGCGCCCAGCCACCUCGCACGCAAACUCCACCCCUGGGGCAGCCACCUCAGCUUGGUUUAAAAACCAACCCGCCGCCCAUUCAAGAGAAGCCUCCUAAAACCAACAAGAAACCACCCCCUGCUCGGGAGGAGUUACUAAAGAUGACAGAGGCGGCCAUGAGCGAGUACUUUACCAGCAAGAACCUAAGUGAGGCGGUCAGCAGUGUCCGUGAAAUGAAGGCCCCUAAGCACUUCCUGCCAGAAAUGCUGAGCAAGAUUGUCGUGUGCUCGUUGGACCGACCCGAUGAAGACAAGGAGCAUGCCAGCACCCUUAUCCACGCGCUGCGCCUUGACGGACUCAUUACAGCCGAGAAUUUCAUGCAGGCUUUCCUCAACGUCCUGGACCAGUGUCCCAAGAUCGAGGUGGAUGUGCCCCUGGUUAAGUCCUACCUGGCCCAGUUCGCAGCACGUGCAGUCAUCGCAGAGCUGCUGAGCGUGGCUGAGCUGGCGCACCCGCUAGAGAACGGCACCCACUUUCCGCUUUUCCUGCUCUGCCUGCAGCAAACCGCUAAACUCAAGGACCGCGAGUGGCUCACCGAUAUCUUCCAGCAGAGCAAAGUCAACAUGCAGAAGAUGCUGCCAGAAAUUGACCAGAACAAGGACCGUAUGCUGGAGAUCCUAGAGGGCAAAGGCCUGAGCUUCCUGUUCCCGCUGCUGAAGCUGGAGAAGGAGCUGCUGAAGCAGAUCACCGCAGACCCAUCUCCACAAUCCAUUUACAAGUGGAUCAAAGACAACAUCUCCCCCAAGCUCCACACUGACAAAGGCUUUGUCAACAUCCUCAUGACCAGCUUCUUGCAAUACAUCGCCCAGGAGCUGUGCGUGUCCGAGGGCGACGAGCAAUUAUCGGCCCCUCCUAAGGAGCAGCUGGAGCAGGAGAAAGCGCUGCUGCUGGCCUUCAAGCCAGUCAUGCAAAAAUUCCUGCACGACCACACUCAGCUGCAGGUCAGCGCCCUCUACGCUCUGCAGGUGCACUGCAACGCCAAUGGCUUCCCCAAAGGCAUGCUGCUGCGCUACUUUGUCAAUUUCUACGACAUGGAGAUCAUUGAAGAAGAAGCCUUCCUCGCAUGGAAAGAAGACAUAACGCAGGAAUUCCCAGGAAAAGGAAAAGCAUUGUUCCAGGUCAAUCAGUGGCUCACGUGGUUGGAGACAGCCGAGGAAGAGGAGUCUGAGGACGACGGCGAUUGAACAAGCGCCAUCUACACAAGAUUACACUUUGCCUUUUCCGUUGUGAUCUCCUCCACCUUAUAUUGAUUGAUUAACCACUAACUAGUGACAUCGCCACAUCUCCCACCCCUUCCUCCUCUUCCCAAUUCUGUGGCCAUGUGUGGAGUGACUCGACUUUUGUUUGUAAUGCUUCUUCCUCCUUUGGACUAAUUAACUUGCCCUGAAAAAAGCAUUGAAGGUUGUAAAAACAAUUGGUUUAAGCUGCCUAGGCUUUUCUUUCUUUUCUUUUUUUUUUUUUUGGCGGCAAAGAAAUGCUCCCGAAAGUUCCUCCUCAACCAAACAACAGUGACGUUCUACCUCUUAAGGCGGACUUUUUUUUUUUUUUUUGUAAAUCUAAGCCCCUACGGCCAGUGCUUAAGACUGUAUUCUUUCAAACAAAGACCCCAAUUAGUAGCUGGGUACACUUGAUAAAGAAACUCCUCACAAAAACCUUUAUAACUGUUUAAUUCACUUUCUGGUAGUUUAUAAGUCACAUGUCAGUGACUUUUGGAAGUCUCUAACCAAAACCUAGUGAGGCAGUUAACAAUGUAGUUGCACCGCAUCAUAACCGAACCAAUGUUUUAUUAAAACUUCUGCUUGUAAUUGCCAUUGAAAACAACAAAUCAAGGCACCAUUUAUGGUGGCAGUUUUUGAAAAGCUACCUAGCAAUGUUUAGCGUUCGGGUUGCUCCACAAUGCUGUGCAUUUAUUUCCCUUUAAAACCCCAUUUCACAUUAGCUAAAUGGUUACAUACUGCUAACAGUAACCUCAUCCCCACUCCCUAGAUGCCAUUCUAAGGAAAUUUGGCGAGAAUCUCCAAAUUGUGGCAAAUUGCGACAGUCAUCAUGAGAAAGUCGUUUUUAUUUUUUACACUUCAAACAAGAAAUGGCUGCAAGUGCCCCCCCACGCACAUUUCUUCUUAAACUGCCGUGUCAUUGUAAGUGAACAUAAUUGUACUCAUCACGAUUGUGCACCUGCUUUAAUGUCAAUAAAGUCAGUACAUGAACACCAAUGUUGUUAUCACUUG